UUUCAGAUACUUGUUCAUAUCACUAACACUUCUGAAGACCGAAGGACAUUCGUUGUUGAUUGUAGCAAAUUUAUGAGAAGCUCUUGCAUGUGGUGUUGCAUGCAGUUGCAAGUUUGUGGUUUCAAGGUUCACUGAGUUUACGUUGACAGUGGGAGAGUCUAUAGAGUCUAUGCUUAGUUGCUGACUGCAUUUUGUGGCUUUGCAGCAAGCCUGUCGCCGACGGCGCCGUUGGUGCAAUGAAGCAAGGCGUUGUGGCGUUGCUGCUUCUGACAAAGACAGCUGCCACUGUUUUGAGACGCCAGGCCAGCAAUAGCAGCCGUCCCUCUUUCGAUCCCUGCAGCUGCACCUGCUGCACUGCAGUGGAACAAAGCGGUCUGAUCUGCGUGCCGGGAGGUGAUAGCUGCAAGCUUUGUGCACCCGGUCUGCUGCAAUCCUCCUUUGCUGCCCUUCACAAUGAGGUCGACUAUUCUCGCUUUUGCUUGUCAGCUUGUCGACCAUCCAAAGAUCUGCUUUGUGAAGACCGAGAAGCGGACGUACAGCAUCAGACUGCUUUGCUGCGGAACGCAGCAGCGCCAGCACCGGCACCAGCGUCAGCGGAUAUGGCUGAAGUGAAGCGUGCUGGAGAGGAGGCUGCAGAAUCCUUAGCCGAAGCUGCACUCUUGCGAGCUCAACGUCAUGCAAGGGAGGCCAAGCAAUCAGCCGCACUGGCAAGAUACGCCUAUGAGAAACUGACGAAGAGCCGAGACAUGGCCGCGGAAGCAGCCGGACAGGCUGCCUUGGAGGACGUUAUCAUAGAUGCUCGAAAAGAUGCAGCUGAAGCAGUGAAAAUCAGAGAAGGCUGGGAAGAUCAGGCGCGUGCACUUGCUGCCCACAAGGCAGUUGUCGCUGCUUCAGUCUACAAAAAGGCAAAAUUGCGAGAUUUGAAGGUGGCAGAGGCUUGGGAGAAGCAGGCGACUGACCUCGCGCAAACAAGUCGGCAGUACGAGGAGUAUGCUGUGCAGCAGGAGAUGAAGGAGAAGAAGAUAAAAGCGGAGGUGCGAAAGGGAGACACUUCACGACGUUCUGAACUCCAAGAAGUUGAGGUGGAGGUGAACGAAGGUGUUGACGCUGCACACCGAUAUGAGGAAGAGGCCCAAGCAGCUCGCAAAGAAGCUGAAGGCAUCCGUGCCAAUUCCUCUUGGUACGACCAAGCUGAAAAGGCUGCUGCAGCUCACACCUUGUAUGCUGAGCUUCCCAAGGGUGUGAUCCCUCCGCCUUUGCCUCCACUUCCCUAGACGGCAAAAAUGCCAGUGGCACUGAGAAGUUCAAAAAGCAAACUCAGCCAUUUCUAGCCAGUUGCUUUGAAUUGUUUGUUUGACUGCAGAAAAUCUUCCAAAGUGUGGCCUUUGGCUCAUUUCAGCUUUUCAACAUGUUAG